GAGACUUCUAAUAUUAAUAGAUCAGCAGCUCAUCAUUAUCUUCUAAAGGAUUACUAGCAAUGACUUUCCAUUUUCACAUAUUAAGUUAUUAACAGGGAUUCAAGCAGCCAUGGAGUCAACCAUACCAAUCAUCGACUUAAGCGCCAUGUGUUUGGGGAAAACAGCUGAAUCGUCCACCGCAUCAGAAAUCAGGCAGCUCGCAGAUGAAAUAUACAGGGCUUUCUGUACGGUUGGAUUCGUUUAUAUUAAAAACCACGGUAUUCCACGGGAAAAGGUAAGGAUCUCAUUCUUAGGUUUAGUUCUUUUGAACAGAAAUUAAAUUAUUUUGAAAGAUUCACCUCUCCUCAAGGAAGAAUUAAUAAGUUCUGAUUCUUCGUCUUUAGAGAAGAAUUACAAUUCUGAAGGAAAAAUCUGGGCUUAUGUGUGGUGUAAAAUGCAUAAGUAAUGUCACAAAUUGUAUCGUCAAUCAAAUGGAUUUGUGGUUCUUUAGGGUCUUGGGGUUUUUUGGGCCUCAGGGUCUCUUAGAGUCUGUUGGUCUUUAGCUCUCUAGGUCUGUAGGUCUCUAGGUUUAUGGGUCUCUGGGUCUUUGAGUCUCUAGUAGGGUCUUUAGGUCUCUGGAAUCUCUGGGUCUCUAUUUCUCUAUGGGUCUAUGGGUCUUCUAGCGGCUUCCCAGUCUCUCUGUCUCUGUCUUUCUUCCAGGCCUGGUUUACGAACACUAAUGUUUUAAUCCCUGGAAAAAACUUAAACAUAGUGAAACUCUUUAUCAGCUCUCCAAGCUGUUCAAUCAAGUCAUUCAUUAUGUUAUUCAUCAAAUUUAUUAAUGCAGAAAAGGUUUGUAAAAACACUUAAAGUUACUUUGAUCAUUGCAGUGAUGGAAAGUUGUGUCAUUUGCUCUUUAGAAAAAAGAAUAUGAAAUUUAACAUAAAAUCCAGGUGCAAAACAUGGCUUUAUUAUCCAACUUUAAUUUUAAGUAUUCCCAGUGUAGGGUCAAUGUAAAAGGAGGCUAAUGAAUCAAAAUGAGUGUAAUCAAUGCAAACUUAUAUUGAGAAUCAGUUUAGUUAAACGCUUUUUUGCCAGCUGCAAAGAAAAAAACUGAACUGAUGUAAUCAAGGCUAGUACAAAGCAUGUACUGCUCUCAACAAACUCUCUAAUUUUAUUGUUUUUUUUAGGAUAAGAACAAGCAUCUAAAUAUCCUCCUUAAAACUUCCAUAUUUUAUUUUUGACAAUAAAAGAUGUCAUUAUUAGAUUGGUUUUGUAGGAGCUUUAAAAUUUUAUCUCAAAGGUUAGAAUUGGAAAUUUAAAUGUGAUGGAAUGUGUCACGAGGUUAUUUUAACCAUUAAUUCAGUACUUUUUUUGUAAAUGAAAUAUCUACAAGAUUUGAGGGCAGCACCUACAUUAAAAAGACAAAAACGACAUGGAUGGCAAAAUCACCAGAAAGACAAUUUAACAGGUCGUGCACUUAUAAUAUAUUGCUGAUUUUGAGUUGGUUAGUCAUUGCUAGAGGAAAAGGUAAUUUUUUUACUAAAACAAAUAUGGCGUUUUCAACCGGGUUUUCCAUGGCUAAUGUAAAAUUCAACAUGCAAAGGGAAAAAUGUACAAUCAAGACAAGUACAUUAAAUUUUUUUGAGAUCCAUACCCAAACUUGGUUUGUCUUAAAAUAAAAAUGCACAGUCUAAAAUUACCAACUACUCAAGGAGAAAUAUGCAGGACCAGCCAGUGGUUGUGGUCAUGGAUGGGUGGUGUUUGAGAGAGAAAAGUAUGGUGUUUCUCAAACUCUUUUUUGGUGAUACAAUGUGGCAUGAAGAAUUUUUUUUCUUGUUUCCUAGAUUUAUGCAAAAUUCAAGAAAUUAAUGAAUUACAGAGGAAUAACUGUAUUUCAAAUAAAUGAACAAAUUAAAGCUUUCAUGUGGCACCAUAAUAUGCUCAAAGACUUGUUUGCAGACAUUAUCUGUUCCAAGCAGACGGUUUCCCAGAAAACAACAAUGAUGGCAAAAUCACCAGAGAGAAAUUCAACAGGUUAUGCACUUAAAUAUUGUUGAUUUUGAGUUGGUUGUUCAUGGCAAGAGGAAAAGUAAUGUUUCUACUACAACAAAUAUUGCUUUUUCAACAGGGUUUUCCAUGGCUAAUGUAAAAUUCAACAUGCAAAGAAUAAUGUACAAUCAAUACCAGUACAUUUUAAUUUAUAUGAGGUCCAUACCCAAACUUGGUUUGUCUUAACAUAAAAUUGCACAGUCUAAAAUGACCAACUACCUAAAGGAGACAGAAGCAGAUGAAAAAACAUGAACAGUUCUGCCUUCAGAUAACAAUAGUCCAAAUAGGACUGACUACCCAAGAGAUUCAGAAGAGGCAUUAACCUUUUUCAGAGGGUACUUAAAAUUAAAGUUGGAUAUUUUGUAGGGGUGUUUCAUGCCCUUAUUUUCUGUUUUUGUAUUCAAUUUACAAAGAGCAAAUGACACAAGAUUGCAUUACUAUUGUGAUCAUUAAGUAAUGUCAGGUGGUUAUACAAAUGAUAAAAAUAAAUGCAUAAUAAAAUAAAUUUUAAGAUCAACAAAAUGAAUGACAUGAAUGAACAGAGAGAGAGAGAAAAGUAUUUUGCAAUGUUAACAUUUCUGGAGGGGAUUGCAUCAUCAUUGUAAUUAUGUAAUCCAAGAAACUCAAAGACAUGUAUUUAGCAUUCUUGUUUGGAAGAAUACAUUUUUCCCCAAGAAAACACAUUCUUUGGUUAAGAUCCAGUAAAUAAGGUAUUCCUCUGAGAUGAAACACUAUUCUUCUCUUAAGAUAAUAAUACCUUUCAUGAUAAUACUUAUGUUAUAUUUUAAGCAAGCUUACGAGAACAAUUACAUUUCUUCCUGUAGACCCAAUAUUUGUUUUCAAGAGAAGAACGUCAAUUUUGAGUCUUCUCAAAUAAGUUUUGUCUUUCACCCAAGAAUGAUUAUUGGUUUUUUGAUUGCUCCUUAGCUUGCUUUUUUGAACAUUCACAUUCAAAAGGAUUCUUGCUGUAAAAAUCUUGUUUGUGCUCUUCUGAAUACUGAUUAUUCUACUGAGCAGAAUCUCAUGCUUUUAAUAGGUUUUGUUGAAUUAUUGAAAGGAUUGUUUUUCUGGCUUUACACUGAGAAGGAUCCCAUUUUAUGUGGUUUUAUUUUUUAACAAAUCAUUAACAUAACAUAGAAUGAAUUUAAAUAUUCAUGAUGUAUAGAUAAAAUUAUCAAUGAGGAAUGAUAUCAACAUUCAUGAUCUUAUUACACAAGGUAGCGCACAUGUUUUUUGAGAAACUAUUUUUCCAUUAUAUAGGCUCAGUUGGUAUUUUUUGCAGAUUGACAAAGUUUUCAAGUUAUGUGAUGAGUUUUUCCAACUGGAUCCUACUGUGAAGCAGAAAUAUGCGAGACCGGCCAGUGGUAGUGGUCAUGGAUAGGUGGCAUUUGAGAGAGAAAAGUAAGGUGUUUCUCAAAUUUUUUUUUUGGUUUGAUACAAUGUGGCAUGAAAAAUGUCUUCUCUCAUUUUCAAGAUUUAUGCAAAAUUCAAGAGAUCAAUGAAUUACUGAGUAUUAACUGUAUUUCGAUAAAUGAACAUAAAUUAAAGCUUUCAUGUGGCACCAAAAUAUGCUCAAGUAUUUGUCUGCAGACAUAAUCUGUUCCGACAAGCAGACAGUUUCCCAGAUGGAAGCUCUACUAGGAAAACUGAGUUUUACCCUUCAAGGUGUGAGCUGAAAUAUUUUUUCAAGUUUACUCAAUGAAUGCAAGUACAUUUCUGCCUUUUGUCUGUUAUCAGAGUUAGUCCAGACAGACCUGCUGAUCACAAGGAAGCCUUUAAUAUAACAGAGCCUCAAACUCAUCAGCGU